AUCGCGCUGUAGGUCAACCUACCUGCCCCGACCGCCAUUACAGGUUCUCGCCCAUCCCUCGAUGCCUCCAGACGGCGACUUCCCUGGGCACAUUGAUGUUCCUGUCAUGUCUGCCCCAGUCUUGGGCAGAACGACACAGCAUUCGGCAGCCUGGGAAACGAUAUCAACACGCAAGAUCACGGAUCGCGAGGCUAUCUUGGCACGGUGGCCGGACUGGCACCUAAAGAAGCAAGUGCCCGACUCUGCCCUUGAUGUCUCGUCCCUGCCCGUAUCUGGGCUUACGCCCCGCGAGCGUGAGAUCGUCCAUCACGACGCGACGUCCUUAGUGGAGGCCCUUCGCGAGCGCCGAUACACUGCGGUGGAGGUUACACGGGCAUUCUGCCACGUCGCGACCAUCGCGCAGGGCUUGACGAACUGCUUGACCGAGGUCUUCUUCGGAGAGGCGCUCGAACGCGCCACAGAGCUCGACCGGCACAUGCAGGAAACGGGCAAGCCCGUCGGGCCCCUGCAUGGUCUGCCAGUGUCCAUCAAGGACCACAUCCUCGUCAAGGGUCGCGACACUGCCUCGGGCUACGCAGAAUGGGCGUACAGGACCGUGUCCGACAGAGACGCAGUCGCGGUUGCAAUCUUGCGUAAAGCGGGUGCUGUGCUCUACGUCAAGACUGCGAACCCACAAACGUUGUUGGCUUUAGAGACAAACAAUAAUAUUUAUGGAAGAACGCUUAACCCCUUUAACCGCAAACUAACUCCUGGUGGAAGCAGCGGAGGCGAGGGUGCGCUCAUAUCCGUGCACGGCAGCCCCUUGGGUAUUGGCACAGAUAUUGGAGGAUCAAUCCGCAUCCCUGCAGCCCACAUGGGCCUGUACGGUCUCAAGGGCUCUGUCGCCCGCAUGCCACAUGCCGGCUUGUUGGGCUCUCACGAUGGGAUGGAUGCUAUCACUGGUGCUCUCGGACCUAUCGCAACGUCUGCGCGGGAUCUCGCCCUGUUCUGCCGGGUCAUGCUGCAAUAUCGGCCGUGGCUGCUCGAGCCGCCGCUUAUCGAGAUGCCGUGGAGACAGGAUGUCGUCGACGGCGUGGAUAUCCCCAAUCAACUGUGCAUCGCGAUACUAUGGGACGAUGGCGUCGUCGCGCCGCAUCCGCCCAUUCUUGACGCUCUAAAGCGAGCAAAAGAUGCCUUACUCGCAGCCGGACAUGAGGUGAUAACUUGGGAACCCGUUGGGCAUCAGGAGGCCUGGGACCUUAUUCUCAAGCUCUACUUCCUUGACGGUGGCGCAGAAUACCGUGAAACCCUUGCGCACGACCCACCGGUGCCACAGAUUGAGUGGAUGAUGAGCCAGGUACCCAACGACGGCGCGCCGUUCUCCGUCGCAGAGAUCUUCCGCUUGAACUUGGCACGGGAGGCCUUCCGAGCGAAGAUCCUCCAGCAUUGGAACUCAACCGAGGCCCGCACCAGGACCGGACGACCCGUCGACGCCGUGCUCAGCCCGGUAGCGCCGACGCUCGCGCCUCCACACGACACCACUCGCUGGUGGGGUUACACGUCGUAUUGGAACCUAAUGGACUACUCGGCCGCUGUGUUCCCCGUGGGGCGGCUCGACGCCGAUGAAUACCGGGCACGCGACGUCUCGGCGGACAUCGUGUUGCCUAGCGAUUCCCGCAAUCCUACAGAGGAGUUCAUUCGGGCUCAGUGGGCCCCUCAGACGUAUCACAACGCAGCGGUGAGCCUGCAGCUGAUUGGUCGCCGGCUAAAUGAAGAAAGGGUUCUGGGAAUGUUGCGCAAGGUGGAGGAUGCAUUACACUCAAGCCAUUGACGGGUCAAGGGGAGGGUUAUGCUAUUUUGAGUAUCUCUGUAAUAUUCUGCCACUUGACGUGAGCGAAGAAGAUAUCUCCAGCAGAUG